UAAGGGGAGGCCAUUUAAAACUGAGUUGAGAGAAAAUGUUUUCACCCAGAGAGUUGUGAAUUUGUGGAAUUUCAGAAAGCAGUGGAGGCCUAUUCACUGGAUGAAUUUAAAAGACAGUUUGAUAGAGCUCGAGGGGCCAGUGGAAUCAAUGGGUAUGGGGAGAAGGCAGGCACGGGUUACUGAUUGUGGAUGAUCAGCCAUGAUCACAAUGAAUGGCGGUGCAGACUCGAAGGGCCCAAUGGCCUCCUCCUGCACCUACUGUCUAUGUUUCUAUGAACACCAGAGCAUGUGGGGAGAUGUGCGGGGCAAGGUUUUUUACACAGAGUGGUGAGUGCCUGGACCGCACCAAAAUGUGGCAGCACUAAUAUACUGUCUAAGUGAGGUCUGCCACAUGAUUUUACUGGCUUGCAUGCAAAACAUAGUAUUUCACUGAAAGCAGACACAAAAAUGCUUGGAGUAAAUGCUGGGUCAGGCAGCAUCUCUGGAGAAGAGAAAUAGGUGACUUUUCAGGUAGACACCCUUCUUCAGACUUACAUAGAAACAUGGAAAAAUAGGUGCAGGUGUAGGCCAUUCGGCCCCUCGAGCCAGCACCGCCAUUCAAUGUGAUCAUGGCUGAUCAUCCCCAAUCAGUACCCCGUUCCUGCUUUUUCCCCCCCCAUAUCCCUUGAUUCCUUUAGCCCUAAGAGCUAAAUCAGAAGAGACUUCAGAAUCAUUGUCUGAAUAAGGGUCUCGACUCUCGAGCCGCAAAACCCACCCAUUGCUUCUCUCCAGAGAUGCUGCCUGUCUGUCCCGCUGAGUGACUCCAGCAUUUUAUGUCCAUCUUUGGCGUAAAGCAGCAUCUGCAGUGCCUCGCUGCACACAGUAUUUAUUUCACUUGUACCGAGGUACAUGUGACGAUAAAGCAUCGUUGAAACAUCGAUUUAAUUGAGGAUUUGUUUUUCACGCUGGAGAUGGGGUUUUUUUUUUAGCCUGUUUAAUCGGGCUGCAUAGAAAGUGGGAAAGGGACCCAGUGAUUGAGUUAAUCCCAGGGGGAUUUCUGGAGAGGGUGAAAAGUGUCCCAAGUCAUGUUGCUGAGAGCGGUGGUGGGCGUCGCGUCGUGAAAUCGCCGGCCUCUUUGAAGUGCUCCCACCUCCUUUCAACUUUUGUGUAUCCAGCGCUGUCUGGAGGGUGGAGAGGAGGGCGGACUGGUUCUUUAUAAGCAGCAGGCAGGCAGGGGCAGCGCAGUCAGUCUGUGGAUUCAGUGUGUGAGUGUGUGCCAAGGACAAGGUGAAACUUUUAAACAUGCUGGGAUUGUGGAAGGUGGUCUUGCCCCUCUGCAUCUGGGUGCUUCUGGUCGACUGCGACCCACAGCUGGACGAGGUGAGGCAGGGCGUCCUCAGGAGGCUGGGGCUGUCCGAGGCUCCUCGCCUGACCAAGAGGGACCUGGACGAGGUGGUGGUGCCCCGGCACCUGAGGACCAAGUACGUCUCCAUGUUGCGGCUCCACAAGGAGUCGGAAAGGAAGCGCAGGGAGCUGCCCAGCCUGGCCGGCAUUCUGCGGGGCAUUCCCGGCAACGCAGACACGACGGGAGACGUGGUGUACGCGGACCCCACCAGGCAGAGGCUGGUGUUCGACAUGAAGGGCCUGAUCCCCGACAACAGCGAGGUGACCAUGGCCGAGCUCAAGCUCUUCAAGAAAGGCGUGCGUUCGGCAGAGCUGCCCCCACGGAGACACGGGCGGCCAGUCACCAACGCCAGGGUCAGUGUGUACUGGGUCAGCACCCUGGCUGAUGGCAGCAACACCUCCUCACUCAUAGACUCCAGGCUGGUCCCCAUCCUGGACUCGGGCUGGAAGAAGUUCGACGUUACUCAGGCGGUGCACUACUGGCAGAGGAGCCGGGGCGGCCGGAUGUCCCUGGAGCUGUGGGUGGAGGCCGAGCGCCCGGGUCGGCACGCCGCUGACAUCGCCAAGCUCGUCCGCUUUGCCCCCCAGGACCACACCGACCGUCUGCUGGGAAAACCUGAGCUGGUGCUCUACACACUCAACUUCAAUGAAUACGGAUCGUCGGGGGACUGUGACGGGGGCCGGUCGCGCAGGAGCGGGGCCUGCUGCCGGCAGGAGUACUUCAUCAACUUCCGGGAGCUGGCCUGGACCCAGUACUGGAUCAUCGAGCCUCCAGGCUACCAGGCCUACCGCUGCGUGGGGGGGUGCAGGCAGCCCCCACUGCCCUUCGUCUACGGGGAGAGGAGGUGCGCGGCGACAGAGAGCGCCUCACUGCCCGUCAUGUACCUGGUGAAGAGGGGAGACUACACCGAGAUCGAGGUGGCCGAGUUCCCCAACAUGGUCACAGAGAGAUGUGCCUGCAGUGUGGACAACCUCUCCCUCAUCUAGGCCCACCUCGGUGGUGUGGGGGGAUGGGUGGUGACACUUGACUUUUCACCCAUUGACCCGGGGUCCCUGACUCCUGAUCCUUCCCUAGGCCCGGUCGCCACGGUUACCGGCAGGCCUCCUCCCCCAACAGGCCCACGACCUCUCCAAUGGCCUCCAAUGGUAGGGAGACAUACAUCGCUGAGAGCUGAUUGUGCCUCAACCAACUCAAGAAGGUGGUCGUGGUCCAGGAUGGUCCCACUGCAUCCAUGGCCUCUUAGUGGGUGGGCUCAGUGGGAGAGACUCGAUGAGUUGAUGACCACACUUGGGUUGCCCUGGGAAGGUGUUGGGUUGGGGGAUUGGGCUUCUCAAGGGCUGACUUACUCCCGGGGUGGUUUGUUGUUGGUCGAACCACCUUAGCCGUGGGGAACAACGCACAGCGCACUGGAGGAACUCAGCGGGGUCAGCGUAACGGACAGAUGGCGUAUCGGGUCGAGAUCCUCCUUGGGACCCUGGUUGGGUCGAGAUGCCGAAUGUCCUGCUUUGGAUCAGGGAAGUAGCUGCGGCGUUUGCGUCUGCAGCCUCGCGAACACUCUCCAGGGACUCCACUCACUUUCCGAACUCACCAACAGGUCCCUCGGGACUUGGUCCUUGCUUCCCACGACCAGGCUUUCCCCCUGGAUUCCUGGAGACAGGGAAGCUGGAACCACGAGCGAAGCACAAAUGAGUGGAGUAACUCAGUGGGUCGGGCGGCAUCUGCGGAAGGGGAGGGGGCGCAAGGAACUGCAUGUGUUGGAGCAAAACACAUGAAAGUGCUGGAGGAACUCAGCGGGUCAGGCAGCAUCUGUAGUGAACAUUGGAUAGGUGACGUCUCGGGUCGGGACGGACUAGAUAGAGGAAGUCCCGACCCGUAACAUAGUCUGCCCCUUCCCUCCACACAUGCCCGACCCGCUGAGUUCCUCCGGUCUCUGCUCAUGCCCAGUUACACAUCCACCAGGAACUGAUUCGGGAGUCGGGAAACCUUGACUAAAGGCAGCACUGCCGGGCGAUGCCUUAGACUGGGUCCCCAUUAGAGGACGCUGGAAGCACUUAAUGGUACUGUACAGUCAAUUUUUUAUACAAUAGUAUUUUUUACACAGGGACGCUGCCUAAUUAGAAAGGCGGAAGGAAUGCUGGGGAAUGUAGGUGGGAUUGAAGGGAGUGGAUUGCGAGGGGCUUCUCUAUUUAGCCCUGCAGGGCUCCGCACAGCCAGGUAUAUACUCGAUGUUUAUACUGGAGAGAAGGGGCCAGUGGGGGGGGGGAGUUACAACCAACUUACCCCCCAGCUCAAGAGGUAGAAACAAGGAACUGCAAGGGGCUGGUUUACAAACAACAAGGAUGAAAAGCGCUGGAGUAACUCAGCUGGCCGGGCUGCAUCACUGGAGGACCCAUGGAUAGGCGACGUUUCGGGUCAGGACCCUUCUUCAGACCGAAAGGUCCUAUCCAUGUCCUCCAGAGAGGCGGCCUGGCCCGCUGAGUUACCUCGUGUCCAUUUCCUCCAGAUCAGAGCGGCAUUAACAACCAAACCCAUCCCCAUUUGAAGUUGGCACCAACAUGGCCGCCUUGUUCUUGCGUUACCCUCUGUGUUUAAGGGAGGGUGAGUUUGAACCCUCGCUGCGCCCACGGAGUUUUAAGGAUGGGUUAUUGACGGAGUGGCCCUGCAAUGUGGACCGGACCGCCGGCUCAGACUGGGGUCACGAGUUGCCGCAAUUCGAAGGGGGCACUUGUUUCUCCAGCACUCUGGAUGUGUGCUGGGAAUAACUGGAUAUCAUUGUGUCUGUGCCCACAUUUCAAUGUAUGUAUGAUAUUUGUAGAUAAACCUGAAUUAAAGUAUAUAUUGAAUCAAUUCCCAACGGCGGUGUGGGGUCUACUUCAU